AUGUUUAAACAUUUUACUACUAGCGAUUUGGCAAUGAUUGCUAUUGCCCUAGACGAAGAAGAAGAAAGGAAUGUACAACAAAGAAUAUGGGUUCAUGAUAUUUUGUUAAAACGGCACAUUGAAGGUGAAUUCGUAACUUUGUAUAAACAAUUAAGUGACCACGAAGAAAAAUUUUUUAAAUAUUUUCGUAUGACAAAAAUUCAAUUUAAUGUACUUUUAUCGAAAAUUAAAAACACAAUUAGAAAAAAAAAUACGUGUUUUCGGAAAGCCAUAUCACCACGAGAAAAACUUGCAGUUUGUUUAAGAUUUUUGGCAACUGGAGAUUCUUUUCAAACCAUCUCUUUUAGUUACCGUUUGGGACAUUCAACUGUCCAAUCAAUUGUUUUAGAAGUUUGUACUGCUAUUAUAUCUAACUUAAAAGAAGAAUGUAUACCAAUGCCGAAAGAAGAUGAUUGGAAAACCAUAUCUAAUGAGUUUUGGGAAAUAUGGAACUUUCCCAAUUGCAUUGGUGCAUUGGAUGGUAAACAUGUUGUCAUUGAAGCUCCACCAAAUAGUGGUUCACUUUAUUUUAAUUACAAGAAAACAUUUUCGAUCGUUUUAAUGGCUUUAGUUGAUGCCAAAUAUAAAUUUAUUGCGGUGGAUAUUGGGGCUUAUGGGAAAAGUAGUGAUGGUGGAAUUUUUUCCAGUUCAAAAAUGGGUAAAGCGUUUGAAAAAAAUAAAUUUAAUGUACCUGAUGGCCGAGCUCUGCCAGGAACAAAUGAAGUUUUACCAUACGCAAUGAUAGGAGAUGAGGCUUUUCCUUUAAAAAGUUAUAUUUUAAGACCAUACCCAGGCAUACAAAUUCACCGUGAUGAAACUAAAAAAAUAUUCAACGAGCGACUAUCACGUGCGAGAAAAGUUGUAGAGGAUGCAUUUGGUCAGCUGUCACAAAAAUUUCGUGUAUAUCAAAGACGCUUAAAGUCAUUACCAGAAAAUGCGGAUAAGAUAAUUUUCACUACCUGUAUUUUACAUAACUUUAUAAAAAGUGAUAAUGAUAAUCAAUUUGCAUCAUCAAUGUCCGAACAACUACCUAGACAUAUUACAAAUAUUUCAAAUCAAGGAGGAAGCGCACCACAAGUAGCAUUCGAAGUGAGAGAAAAAUUCAAACAAUUUUUUAAUUCACCUGCUGGUCAAAUCCAUUGGAACUAA